AGAAACUGAUCCAGAUAGGGACUACUGGACUUCGUUCCUAGGGCAGCGGUUGUCAAACAGAAGGCUUAGGAACCUCAUGCUGUCGGGCUCCACCCCACAGUCUGUGUCAGAAAGCCUGGAGCAGGGCCCGAGAUUUUCCCUCUCAUCAGGUAUUCCUGAUAUGGUUUGGGGAUUUGCUGUCCUAGGAUAUGGAAGAAUUUGAAGAGAGUAAAAGGCCUAGAUUCAUGCUCCAAGAUGAAUAUUGUUGUGCAGUCCAAGGGGCCUGGAGUUGGAGAGAAGAGCUGUGUUCUUAGUGCUAAUGCGCAUGAGCUUGGUGCCAGGUCCUCAUGCAAGCUGAGUAUGCGUAGACAUUCAUGCUUGCUCUUCCACUGGCCUGUCAGCCUAUUUAUAUUUUGCACAGGAAGAAUCUGAGACUGUAGGAGAGUGCUCAGUUACUUGAUAGUCUCAGAGCCCAUAACAUUGCAGAUUCGAACCCCAGUCAGAGCAGAAGAAGGAUAAAAACAUUUGAUAGUGAGAGGCUCCCACCACAAAUUUACCUCAGUGUAGGUAUUUGGACUAUUUCUGGAAACAGUGAAAGGUAAAGUGGGCAGGGAACCUCACAGAAGCCCUCCCGUGUUACUUUCACACAUCACUGACCUGCUUAAACCUUGCUUAGUAGUUGCUUUCUUAAGAAGGUCGGUCCACCCAGCAAAACCUCCUGGAUCAUUUGAAGAGGGGAGGCGGAGAUGACGAGUAGGUUAGUCGUAUCCAACAGCUUAGCUCCCAAACCAAAAGACUCCAGGCCUGGGGCAAUUUCAUGGCCUUUGAGGAGAGUGCUACCUCAUAUUGAGUUUGAAAUGCCUUUUCUUGCCAAGGUAAUUGCUAUAAUUAAGAAUAUUCACUUGAGUUUGUGAGCUGCUAUCACUCCCGUGAAAAUGGUGAAUGUUCCUAAGACCCACUGGACAUUCUGCAAGAAAUGUGGCAAGCACCAGCCCCACAAAGUGACACAGUACAAGAAGGGCAAGGAUUCUUUGUAUGCCCAGGGAAAGUGGCGUUACGACAGGAAACAGAGUAGCUAUGGUGGGCAAACUAAGCCUGUUUUCCACAAAAAGGCUAAAACUACAAAGAAGCUUGUGCUGAGACUUGAGUGUGUUGAGCCCAACUGCAGAUCUAAGAGAAUGCUGGCUCUUGAGAGAUGCAAGCAUUUUGAACUGGGUGGCGAUAAGACGAGAAAGGGCCAAGUGAUUCAGUUCUAAGGUGAUUUGAUUAUGAAGAUAAAAUAAAAUCAUGAGCUUUUGUUCACCUCAUUUGAUUGUAGUUGGUCUUUUGAGCGGGAAUAAACUAAAGUUUGUGCGUGGAAAAAAAUAUUCAUUUGAUCAUAUCCUAAUUCAGACCCUGAAGUCUGCCUCGCAGACUCCUAAUGAAGAAAAACAGGUAUAUAUCAGACUUUGAAAAAAGAAAACUGCUUAUUUACAAGUAUUCUGUUUUCAAAAUAGCAGCAGUCAGUGUCAUAGGCUCAUGUAAAAUUAUUGCAUAUAUUCUUUGAUUUUGUGAACAGGAAGCCAUAGGUCCAGAGAAACUGUGGUCUGCAGAAGACUGCCAUCUUCAAAGUGACCCCAGUGCAGUGUGAUAAGGGCUGUCAGAGAGGCAGGCGUGAGCCACAGACGUCCAGAGAGCAAUCUGGCGCUGUAGAGUAUGCGCUUGAGCUUGUUCUUGAAGGCUGAGAGGAUUUUGUGAGAUGAUGAGGAAAAGACAUGCCGCAUAGAAUGUGAUGACAAUCACUCUAGGAAAGAGUAUAGCCUUCUCUGGGAUCCAUGUGCAGACCAGAACGGUUAGAGCAGGGAAGUGAAAGUGAGGGGGGUGGAGUAAGUUGGAGAGGAUGACAAAAGAGUUCACAAGGAGGAUAAGAUACUUACACACUGCCUGGCUUGGGGAGAUUGUGAACUUCAUGAUACCAGGAGUCAUGCCUGACCCAUGUGUCAGCACAUUCCAUGGUCUAGCACAGUACCCUGCCUGUAGUAGCUUCUGCACAGAAAAGAGCACUUUUGUUACACUUUCCAAUGUUUUAAGGAGAUGA